UCCUUAGGUAGUAUCACAAAAUCCUUUCUCGGAGUUAAGGCAACAAGGCUGGCGAUAUUGAUUUCUGUUGGCAACACAGUGCAUUCAAUUCAUUUAUUACGCUGCAUUCGUCUAACAUGAUUCUAUUGACAGCAGCUCACCUCCCAAUAUCCCCGGAGACAUCUAUCACUCAGUCCCUCCCUGUUCUCAGACGUAUGUAGAGUUGCGUGACUGAAGCUUUUAAGGCCUCCAACAUAGACACAGCAUCAAGACAACUCAACAGUACCUCAAUAGACAUGGCCCAAUUCAAUCAUAUCUUGGAACUGUUUGGUCGCUUCUCAUUAGAUGCGCAAACGAGCCCCGAUAUAGUGGCAUGUGAUCUACUUGCAAGCAAAAUCCACGGUGCAACCAUCCACCCAACCGAUGUCCGAUACAAUGCUUCUACUACUGAGAACUGGUCACAAACUGCUUGGGAGUCACCAACUUGUAUCUUCCAGCCCAAUACCGUUCAGGAACUGCAGACCGCAGUCCCUAUACUAGUUGACUCCAACGCAAGUUUUGCCAUCCGAUCUGGAGGCCAUAUGCCUGUUCCGCAUGCUGCAUCCAUCGAUGCAGGUGUGCUAAUUGACAUGUCAAGUAUUGGCGGCACCCAAUAUGAUGUUGAAAAGAACGUGGUGGUUAUAGGUGCAGGGCAGAAAUGGGGUGACGUUUACCCCGAACUUGACCAGUAUGAAGUCACCGUUGCUGGGGGGCGGGUUCUAUCUCCUGGUGUAGGUGGUCUAAUCCUCGGAUGCGGUAUUUCUUAUCUUUCAGACCUUUAUGGGCUCGUCUGUGACAAUGUACUCAAUUACGAGGUUGUCCUUGCUGACGGUUCACUUGUAAAUGCUAACAAAGAAUCAAAUGCGGAUUUAUACUGGGCCCUAAAAGGCGGUAGUAAUAAUUUUGGAAUCGUGACCGCAUUUACGCUCCAGGCGUAUCCCAUAUUCCAUAUUUGGGGAGGGACAAAAGUCUACCCUUUUGAGGCAUUGUCCGACGUGCUGGAUGCAUUAGCAGAGUUUCAAACAGAUCCUAAUAAGGACCCUUACGCACAAUUUAACAUUAAUGCAUAUGUGACUAACACGACAUUCGGGAUUGUCAUUGGUCUCACGUACCUGAAGCCUGAAGAAGCUCCUGCUGCGUUCGCCCCCUUUUUUCGACUUGACGAAAAUUGGAAUACAAUCCUUGAUACGACUGGUCUUAGGACAAUUCAUAACCUAAUAAGCGAAUACCCUAUCCCAUCAAUCCCGCGGGUUGAAUGGACUACUACAAGUUUCCAGCCGACUCAGUCAUUGUACAAGUCCAUAAGAGAGAUAUUCGCCACAUCCCCCGCAGUAGACGAACUGAGAGGCUUAACUGCUGGGACUGGGAUCUUCACUUUACAGGGCAUUUCCGCUAGCGCUGUAGAGGCCGGAAAGCUUCACGGCGGAAACGCCUUAGGAUUGGAACCAGUAGCGCAAACCUGGUUCCAUACAGACAUUGGCUGGUGGUUCCCAGAAGACGACGAGAUCGCGCACAACGGCAUACGGAGUUUGACUGACGAGGUUGAAGCACUGGCAAAGGCUCAGGGUAAAUAUCUUCGCUACAUUUUUAUGAACGACGCAAGCAUUGAUCAGCAAGUUAUUGAACACUAUGGGGAGGAUAACGUAAGAAAGCUGAGGGAAGUGCAACAGAAAUAUGAUCCAGGGGCAGUAUUUCAAAGACUGGUGCCCGGAGGGUUUAAGCUACCUCAUCUCUCCUAAAGCUUCUUUUAACAGAGAAUUACGCUCCCCUUAUUACCAUUAAACACUACAUGACUCAUUAUUUAUGCUGCUUGACCGCUACCGGAUAUUGAUGCGUAGGGCAUCUCAUCAUUUU